AUGGCAUGGCAGACGGUGCAACGGCGACGGGGCCGCAACGCAGGCGGUGCGGAGCUGGCGGCGGACCUGCUGCGGAGCCUCUUCGAGGGGGGCGGCCGGCGCAACGGGAAGCAGCAGCCAGACCCCCCGCUUCGCCGGGCGGAGUGGCGCUGCGGCUGCGGCUGCACGAGCUGGGCAGAGCGCGCGGACUGCCGCAGGUGCGGCGCUGCCCGGGGCGGCGCGCCGGCGGCAUGCCCUCCGCCUGCGCCGGCUGCCGCCGGCGAAGCUGGGACAGCAGCCUGGCCGGCUUUGCCCAACGCCCGGCCGCUGCGGCCAAGGGCCCAAGCCGACGCUCUUCGCAGGGUAACGGCCGCCGCGCGCAAGGCAGGCGCGCUGCCAGCCGCCUUGGAGGCGCUGGAGCAAGACGAGGCCGCAGCCCGCGCGCGCCAGGCGCAGCAACGCUCUGGCAACCGCUUGGAGGGCCUCCGGGCGGCGGCGAGGAAGGCCGCCGCUGCUGCGACUGCUGCGGACGAGGCGGUGGCAGCCGCGACGCGCCGGGCAGAGGAGGCCCGCGCCGCGGCGGCAGCUGCCGAGGCAGCGGCCCGCGAGGAGGAGGCUGCCCAGGCGGCGGCUGCCGAGGCAGCGGCCCGCGGGGAGGCUGCGGCGCCGGCGCGGGACGCUGGGGCGGAGCAGCUGCUGCAGGCCACGCGCGAGCUCUUGGACCGCCUGGAGCUCCACACACGCGGGCCUGCCGGGACCCACGCCUGGGGCGACGCGCCAGAGCCGCUGCUGGCGGCGAUGGCUGCGGCGCACGCCGCCCUGGAGGCAGCGGGGCCACCGCCGCCCCCGCCCGACUUGGACGCCGAGCUGGGCGCGGGCGCAGACGACGAGCUCGAGGAGGCUUCCGCGGGGGACGCCCUGGAGCAGCUCUGGGGAGCGGCCGACAACGCGGCCCUCCUCGCCGCCGCACGCCGCCUGCGCGGCGACCGCGGCGCCCGCCGGGAGCCAGCCGCGGCCGGCCGGCCAGCCUCGCCCCGACCGCCGCGGCAGCGAGGCGCGGAGGUGGAGGUCUACUGGUUCGUCGUGGUCCCCUACAUCUUCAUCCAGGCGCUGGGCGAGGGGAGGGGCGAGGGGGAUGGCAAGAAGGAGGGCGAGGAGGCGGAGCAGCACGAGCCCCUGCGCAGCGCCAGCGGCUCGACAGAGCGCAGGCGGCACCCCUUCCUGAAGCCGUCGGGCCGCACCGCCGCAGUGGCACCGCAGACGAGGCAGACCACGGUGGCUGCGGGGCUGCUGGCCGGCUGGGCCCCCGCCGCCGGCGCGGCCCGCGGGGCCGCCGUUGGCGCCGCCGCGCAGGGCGGCGCCAGGGCCGCCCUGCCGCAAGCGGCGCAGCACCACGCGCAGCACCAGGGCCAGUUCGCGCCAAGCGGCUGGCCCCCGCGAGCGCACGAGGCCUCGGCAUCCUCGGCCGUCGUGGGCGCCUGGCACGGCUAUCACCCCGCCUACGCGGACGCCUUCGCCAGGGCCGCGCCUGGACCGUCCGCACUGGGGCCGCUCGUGCAGCAGCACCCUGGGGCCGUGCCCGGGGGCCAGGCCCAGGCGCAGACUGCAGCGGCGUCGCACGCGUGGGGUCAGCCACUGCCCGCCGCGCGGAUCGGGAGGGACCCGCACUUCGCAGCCCCGCUGGGCCAGGCGGUGAGGCAUGCGCUGGAGCCCCGGCGGCCACCAGCCCUCGGCAGGCAGCGGGAGGAGGCGCCCGCUUCCGAGGCCGACCCCGAGGGGCGCGCGCCCGCGCCGCGGGGCGGCUGCGCCCCAGGCCCUCGACCAGCCGAGAGACUGGAGCCGCGGAGGCAGCAAGAUACUCAAAGCCAGUCUCCUACCAGCAUCGACGACGACGGUCUGUGCGUCGUUUGCCUGUCCAGCGACCGGUCGCACGCGUUCGUGCCUUGCGGGCACAGGUGCGUCUGCAAGGAGCGUUCGCCGCGAAGGGGGGAGGACGGCCCGAAGUGCCCUCUGUGCAGAUCAGACGCCGUCAGCACCCUGCACAUCUUCAACUGA